ACCUCCUUCAACGGGUUCCUUACCCUACUCAAGCUCUAACCUGUCCACUGUUUCGCCGCCAUAAUGGCCAAUCCCUCCCUUCAAGCUGCCAUCACCUGCAAGCAUGGCACCACCCCCUCUGACGAUGUCACAACAGCCGUCACGAAGCACGUGGGCAAGAUGAUUCUGGAAGAUCGCAGGAUCAAGGACAAACACCACUUGCCCCCUGGCUUCCUUCUUCCGGUAGCCUCUGGAGUCUCUUCUGCUCGUCCCCGCGUGCUUCUACGACGCGCCGAGAAGCACAUGGAGGAGAUGACCGAUAAGCACAAAGCUGAUUCGAACAACAACAACAACCCCGAGCUGGCCAAAAGCCUCCAGGCGUUCUACAUCGACAAGCUGACGCGUAUCGGUCAUGCGCUUCCAGAACUGAAGGUGCACGCCAGUAAACCGGAGGCGAGUGAGGAGUACCGUCGAGAUGUGCAGCGCUUGGUGGACAUCAUGAGUGGUACUAAAUCCCAACCAAACUCCGUCUUCAUGCCCGUAGUCCCUCAUAUAAUCCUCACUGACAUGCUCGAAAGAGCAGAGGUCCAACCCAAGAUUGCAACUCAUAUCCUUGUGCCUUCAAUCAACCCCGAAACUCCAGGCUACCAGCGCGAAGACCGCCAGCAGGAACAGCACAAUUGUGCCGACGAAGACCGCGAUGACUUCCACGUGCAACAUCACAUGGAAGAACCACAUCGUUCCCAGCGGGAACACAAUGAUCUCCGGCAUUGUGACGGAGAAGAGGGGGAGGCGUCGGUGGCGGUAUUGAUGUCUUCGUUAUCGUGCGAUGCGGAAUUUGUGCGUGGCUAG